GUGUGGUGGUUCUACGCAACUGGUACCAAGCAUGCUCAUCAGCUGGAGGGUGCUUGCGUGCUCGCCGAUCCUGCGUACGAUCGCGCAGCUUCUGACGGUGGUGCCGUCGAUAUGGCAGCCGUGACCGAUGGGGACGCAACGUCCGAGAUGGAAAAUUGGAUGGGCAACCUGCCGGGGGAGCUGCACAACGUACCGCUGAACCACCUAGCCAUACCAGGAUCGCACGAUAGCUGCAGCUAUACCAUAUCACCACAAGCAGAAAUAGCGCCGGACAACGAGUACUACGGCAACAAGCUGUUGAAACUUUUGGGUCCCAUAGGAAAGCAGAUCAUGUACAGCUGGUCAGUCACGCAGAACAUCAGCACUAUGGAGCAGUUGCAUGCUGGCAUCCGCUACUUCGACAUCAGGAUAGCCGUCAGGAAGGAUCUGAAAGACGAAAAUUUGUACCUUAUUCACGGGCUGUUCGGUGCCGUCGUCGACAACUUUCUUGUGGAAGUCAAGGAGUUCCUCGAAAGCCACAAGAAAGAGGUCAUACUGGUUCACUUUCAGCACUUCUACAACAUGACGGACACCGACCAUAACCGCCUCCUGAACAAGUUGACGAGCGCGUUCGGCCCACUUAUGUGCCAGUUCACCACAGACCUGGACAACAUCACCCUCGCGUCACUGUGGCGGCGUGGAUAUCAGAUGAUCACCUUCUACGGUCACGAAAAGUUGGCCAAGUACCAUCCGUACCUCUGGCCUACGAGCUACAUCCCAAACCCGUGGCCAGAUGAAGACGACGCUGGGCGCCUGGUCACAUUUUGGAACCAAACAUUGCAGCAGGGACGUGAUCCCAAGGCGUUCUUCGUGCUUCAGGCCGUUGGCACUCCUCAGCCUUCGACGGUCACCAUGCACAUCUGCAAUAGCCUCAGGGUCUACGUUGUCCCCAAGGUGAAUGCGGUCCUAGAGAGCUGGCUAUCAAGCCAAGUGCCGGGUAGCGGUAAUCACACUUGCAACAUCAUCAUGUCCGACUUUGUGGAGAUGAACAACUACCGAAUUCCGAAAAUGGUGGUGGAAAUGAAUCGGAAGCUCUUGGAAAACGCAUCUGCCACUUCGGGAGACGAGAUGGUGUGAACUGAAAGACUAAGUCGACUGUUGAUUCUGCUUAUGUACGUUGCUUUUGCAAGCUGCAGGAACUUGAUGUGCGCUGCUGUUUGGGCAAAAAAAUAUCUGUAUAUAGGGGGCGCUUGAGUGCUAAUGGGGAAUGAUUGUUAAAAGCAGGCACAUCUCAGAGAUUUUUUCUCUUCACGACAGUGAUCUGGCCUCUAGGUCAGAGCAAAAGGAACCUAGACAUUCAGUACAGUUGACGCAAGAAUCCUCACAGCAUUGCAGACGGCCUAAAAAUCCUUGCAAAUUGCGAGAUCUGUCAGGUGUGCCUGCUCUCAAUGGCUCCCCGUGCUUAAACAUGUGCCUCAUGCUUUAGUGAAAGAAGCGCAACAUUGCCCGAAAGUAUUUUGCACGGCGCGCGCUUGCUCAGCACAAGGCGUUUUUCUUACUCGUCUUUUUGCAAUGCUUUUAUCCGAGCUAAUGCAAGUUGACGGAGGCUGCCCACGUUGCAAUAACGCUUUUUUAUCACCUUUAUCUUUGUGUAUGGGGACACAAUCCAUCAGGUAUUUUAGCUUGUGUCAGCAGGCAGAGCGAAGCUGUUCCAUUUUGUACCGAGGUGCAAAGGUCCUGAAUGUUGUGACGUUGUCUGUUGAAUGUCGGGGUCCCACAAUGAACAAUGUUGCAGUUUGCUGUGUUGGCGUGUUUUUAAUAUUAUACAAAGCGUCCUACCGAUUAUUUGGGCCCUACACCCUCUCGCUAUUGACCUUUGAAAAGGAAUUUCUGGUGGUUACCUUAGAGUGGAGUUCCUUUCUAUAGACACUGGCAAUCCUUCAAGGUAGUUCAUUUGAUUCCCGUGCUUAAAAGCAUAGAAAGCAAAUUUUCAAGCACAAAAGAAGUGUUUAAAUAAGCAAGCUCCAAUCUUUGCCGCAUUGACCACCACACCGAGCUACGUGUGAAGCUGGGACCUUUUUAUUGCCGAACAAUUUCUGCAUGUCGAUGUGUUUUUGUGAACUUGUGUACAGUACAGUUGGCAGAAGCUGAAAUGCACACAGGUUCGAGAAAGCGAGAGCAUACUAUUUUUAUGUCCCUUGCUGGGCAUUGUGACCGAACCUCUUGGUGACAGUGUUUAAGGGGGCACGGAGGGCAAGGACGUCUGAAAAUGUGAUUUUUCAAUUUUCAUGGCACAAUAUUGCAGCAUUACUGACAAGCGCUUCCACGAAGUGGCGACUUUUUAAGUGCAGAGGAAAGCAUUUGAAAAUGGCACCAAACGCACCUGAUCCCGUGACUGCACAGCGGCAACUCAAACUUUAAAUGCCUUUUUUUAACUAACGCUACUUUUCAUGAGAAAAGGAACAUGUUCUUUGUAAUUGCUGAAGCUACCAAAUGCAAACUUUUGUGACUUAUUUAUGAAUGCCACGCAUCCUUUCUGAAGCAAGAGAAUGUUGUUGCCACCAGAAUUGUAUUUUUUAUGGAGGUUUUUCUUUAAGAAAGGAGCCCUAAAAUUCUAGUCAUAAAACGCUUAUAUUUUUAACUAGAGAAUGUUAACACCUAUGAUUAUAUUUUGGUUCAGAAGAAUGUCCUCGUCCCAGAAGAGGUUUGGCCAUUUCACACGCAAAAUCUUUUUCACAAAUGUUCCUUCAGAAAAAGAAAAGGUCUAAUAUUUUUGUUUUUAUUAUUUUUAAAACAGCUUUGUAUUUUGUUGCCGAAUUCCCAAAACACAUAGUGAAAUCUCCAUUCAAACAACUCGCAAAAUUUUUCUAAAAUUUGCUUUAAAAAUAACAGUGCCAUGGGCAGCAGUAGUUGCAGUCAUGUCUGUGCUAUCAAUCUUCCCUUAGAUACAUGAUACGCUGUGACGUAUGAUGCAUUUGUGCAUAUCUGCCGUUGAAUCACUUUUAUCCAGUUAGCAUUCCAACUUGUGGCAAGGAAUCGUACCGGUAUGUCUAAGAAGUGGCAUCGAGCUCUACAUGCUGUUCGACAAUGAUGCAUAUUACGAGUCUGUUAUGCAGUGUGCAACAUAUUAUGUGAGAAUGUUUCCUAUUGUGGAAACCUUGAGGAGUGUAGUCCCAUGAUGAUGUAGCAGAUAGUUUUCUGCAGAGAGCCCUAUCAUACCUUUGAUGAAAUUCUAUCAUGCUAGAAGUUAUAUCUCAAUUGACAGCUUGAUCUAUAGAGUGCUAUUUAUAUGCAAACUACCAUCCAUAUGUCCGGUGCCGUUUUUUUUUUCUGUGUUUUUUAGUGAGUUCAUGAUAUUUCAGUGCUAUUUUAUAUUAUAUGCUGUCAUCUUGGAAAAAAUAUUUACACCAUUUUUUUUUACUGCUCACUUGAGUAGCCAUUGAAACGUAUAUAUUAAAAGCAUGGAGUUUGGGUUUCAA